AUGUUGAGGCUGCUGAGCAUGUCUCAUGCAAAGCCGGGAGCGCAUUCCCGGCGACCCGAUGCGGAGGAGCUUGGCAAGGUAGAUCCAGAGGACCUUCUGAUUUGCUGCUUUCAAGAAGUAUGGAGCUGGCACAAGGGACCCUUGAUGGACUGCACUGCCCGAUUGGAUCCGAGCAAGGUCACGCAAUUUUGGGAGAACUUCGUGCUCUCCCUGGGCAUUCUUUUCCGGUGGCUCUCCUGUUGCCGUGUUUGGGACACCGCUGCGCGCUUAUUUGCAGCCAAAGAGGAUCCCAGGAUUGAGUAUGCUGUGGUGGUGGGGCAUCGAGGGAUGUCUUUGUCUUCCCUGUCCCUCAUCGAUUCAGGCCUUUGCAUCCUGGCCACCCGCGCACCUGGCGAGAAAGGCUUCGUGGCCUACAAGAGCUAUCCAGGAGGCUUUCAUGAAGAACGGUUAUGCAACAAGGGUUUGAUCUGGGCCUUCUGGUCCCAUCAGGCCGGUCUUCCCAGUGGCGGCAGCCGUGGCGUACUCGUGGUGAAUACGCAUCUCUCCAGCGAAGAUCCCGUCCGGCCUGGUCAGCUUGCAGAGUUGAAACGGCAUGUGGAAAAGCUUCGGACAGACUUCAGUAUGAAGUGCGCUCACCUGGAGAUGUAUGUGUGUGGCGACUUCAAUUACGACCCCAAUGGCUUUCGCCAGGAGUUCUUCCGCACUUGGUACCAAGAGCUGGGACUGCAACGACUGACAGGUGAUGAGCCGACCUGUUCUGGCGCUACUUUGGAUCAUAUUUUCUUCUGGCGAUCAAACGGGAAGGUCGGGUCGAAGGACUUCCAGUGCAGCGAGCCCCGAAAGCCCUGGAGGGACUGGUGCACUCGCAGCAGAGAGACUCUUUCGGAUCAUUGCUGGCAGGGUUUGGUGCUCUCGGAGUCCCGCUAG